AGCGUAGCUUAUUAGCAUCCACUUGCGUGCUGUUGGUUCGUGGAGUUUUUUCCUUGUGUUUGUCUACCCCUCUUGAACAUGUCGUAAAAUCAUGUAGUGUUUGCAUAUUACUUAUCGACGUGUAUUUCCUAAGGAUAAACCUAUAUCCAUUAACAUGUAUGUGCUGUCAUAUAAACGCCUGUAGACUAAAUGUUUCGAAAGUGAAACCAGGGAUUUAGUUAAAUGUAAACCAGGCGCCACACACCACUGACUUGUUAUCUACGUUAUUGAAUUGUUAUUCUUGACGACGCCCCCACUGGACCGUGACACCACACUGUCAUGUAUAGAUUCUGAGAGACAAAUAUGAGGAUGUACCGUCGCCAUUUAAAAUGAUCUAACUCAUCUGCUUAAAGGAAAAGAUUCGGAUACGAAUUUCAAGGUACUGGCCUUUACAAUGACGGAAAACCGGGAUAAUGGUCUGGUGAAUGACAUGCCUACCCAGGAUUAUACCGCGGUGGGUUUAAAUGUCUCGCCCCAUAAUGAUGAGAAUACCAGGGUAGACACCGACAACGGGGAGAAGUCGAACCAUGCGGUAGUACAACCAGAAACACCCACCAGUCCUGUCAAAUCAAGCCCUGAUGGCAGUGAGAACCAUGAAAAAAUAUCCGAGUCAGGAGUUGAUAACAAUCUAGGUGGUGGCGGCCAAGACGUAGUCAACACCAGCACAACUAGUGACGAUCCUAGUCAAUCGGAGGACGUUCAAAACAAAAAGGUAAACAAUAACUUCCAAGGCAGUCAAGGACCAGGUUCUGAAGGUAGGGAGGAGGAGGUUGUAUCUGCCUCGCUUUCAAAGAAGGACGUCGGUGAUGAUCCGCUGACACAUUCAGGAGACAUUGGUGGUAACAAAGAGAACCAAUCCGAACUGCCAGUUAAGUAUUUUAUGUCAGAUGAUAACACUAAAGACACAAUUAAAUCAGUUGAUGAAAGAGGGAAUAAUGGUGACAGUGGUGUAGAGUUUGACCAGAAAACUAAAGAAGGAAGUGAUCACGAUUAUUCGGACACUUUCGAGGAUCAUUCAAAAUCUGAACAUUCGGAGCCUUCUUUCCCAUCGUACAAUAGCAAAAAAGAGGACAGUCAUGAAAACAAAGUGAUAAUUGAUAACCAAAACGGGACAAAUGAAAAGGAUACUACUCUGGAAUUAGAUUUACGAAAUGAUGUUGAAUUAGAGCCAGAAUUUACAUCAUCGCCACGUGUUCAGAUAGCAGAGACUGCCGGUCAGCCUAAAUUGAACAAAGUUGACGAACACACUAAUCAGUCGGCAGCCAAUAGGGAAGCAACUGACGCAAGGCCGUCUAGUCGUGCGUCCGUAGUUUCUGACGACGAAAAUAGCCCCAACUCGGACAAAACAUUGACAGAAGGUUCAUGGCCUUCUUAUGAACAGACGGAAGACGGUAAAAGUGGAGCGGAGGUCAUCCAAGAAGACGCUGUACAAAACAUAGGUAAUCACGACAGUGAAUUCAACGACGUCGCAAAGGAGCAAAUUACUGUUGGUAAUCAAGAUAAUUUAAAAGAAGAAAAGCAUGUGAGUUUUUCUGAUGAUCCAAAAGUGAAAAGAAAAAGUUCUCGGUCGCCUGAACCGGCUGUGAAAGAUACAUCUAAGGAGUCAGAUACCGUUUCUGAGGAUAAAAAAGAGGAAAUUACGCCAAGGGGAGGCGACGAUACGCUAGAUGAUAUAGAGGCUCUAACGACCAUAUCAGAGGUUAAUCCUGUAGAUAUUGUAAGUACUCAAAAGCCUAAUGAUCAGGAACCAAUAGCAAAAAUAAAUCUCACUAAAUCUGAACUUGAAAAAUCAGAAAUGGCGGAUGACAUAGCACGCGCUGACGAUAUACCUAAACAUGAGGUAGGAAAUGAUACUGAUCAUGAAACAGAGGAAUUGACUUCUGAGGAGUUGUCUCGACCACAGAAAAAACAGAAGGAAGAACAUGAACAAGAUUCUAACGAAAUAGGGGAAAGGCAACUAAGUAAUACAUCAUCCCCUGAAUCCACAAACCAACAAGAACGCCAUCCGGAUAAUGAUGUGUCUAGUUCUUCCGAUAGAAAUGAGAAACAAGAAGUUGAACACGAAACAACAGAAAUCUAUCAAAAAGCCGAGGUAACAUCUCCGAAAGAGGAUAAUCCUGACUCGCAACAAAAGCACGAAAAACACACUGAGAUGGAAGAUGAAAUAAACGGAGAUAAAGAUCAACAACAGCAGCAGCAGCAGCAGCAGCAGCAGCAACAACAACAACAACAACAACAACAACAGAGUUCAGAUAAUUCUGAUAGAUACAUUAAUUACAAUGAUGUCUUGAAACCUUCCGCAGAAGAACAUUCUGUUCAGUCUGAAAAAGAACAACAACUUUCGGUCAACGAUAAAACUCAGGAGAAAGAUUACUUUGAGGAUACCCGAAACCAAGAAACUGAAAAGUCUAACCAUCCUAAUCAAGAAUCCGAAAGAAGCUUAAAGCCAGAUGAAAGGGAACUUGGUGAUCGCGAGGAAAAUGCGCAGCAGACAACAAAUGCUGAAAAUGAACAAACUAAGCAUCAAACAGAAUCACAAGAACCAGUUAAACAGGAACAAAAACCAGAACCGGAAGUUGAGCCAGAACCGGAACCGGAGCCAGAGCCGGAGCCGGAGCCGGAGCCGGUGAGAAUAACCCGUAAUAUAGAUAUAGACAACGCGGUUGACACAGUAAGCAAUGUAGAAACUAGUGUUCAGGAACUACUAGUUGAUAUGAAAGAACUGAUGGACAAUUAUCAUCACAAGUUAAAAUCACAACCGCUGGCAGAAUUCGUACAGGACCUGGACAAAUUCCGUGGGGAUUUUAAAUCCAUGCACGAUGCUUACCAAAAAUGUGAUACUAUGUUCAUACAUUUAAAUAAAACGCUUAAGGAAUUACGAGUUUUAGGGGAUGACUUCAACUCUCUAAUGGACCGAAAGUUUCGGGAGGAGGAACUUUCGACAUGGACAGUAGAGGUCGAAGAUGACGAAAAAGAACGAAUAAAAGCUGAACGAGUGGCCGCCACAAAGACAGCAAUAGCGAAGGCAGCAGACGCGCGAGCGUUUGUAGCAAAGGCGGCAAUUGCUGUGUCUGAAUCAAACUUGCUUGCCGGAGAGUGUGAAGCUGACGCCGCCGAUGCCGCAUCAACAGCUGCUCGAGCACUGGAACUAGCACAGAACGCAAGAAAGGAAGUCGAAGACGCUUUACAAGCUGCAGAGGAAAAACGCAAAUCGGAGGAGAUAGCUCAUGAACGGGCGGCAGAGAGAGCAAGGAAAAAGGCGGAGGAGGAGAAAAAGAAACAAAUCGAGGAAGACAAGCGAAUAGCAGUAGAAGCCAAGAGGAAAGGGACGUCAUUUGCCGAUGAAAAGAAGCGUACACUUAAUGAAAAAGCUCACAAAGAAGCUGAGCGACGCAACCCAAAGAACUGGCGUCGGCUUGUCUAUAGCGCUGAUGGCGGAGAUUUUGACCCUGGCGUUGGUUGUAUCCUUCGGGCUAUUGACAACUGUCUGGGCCGGGACGAUGUUAACGUGGUCAGAGUUGAUCAGAUGUCGGGAGUUUUAACCCUUGUGGAUAAUGAGGAGCUCAUUAGCAACAUCAUAAAGAUUACACCAACAGACGCUGAACGGAGAUUUACGUUUGAGGAGCCGGUGGCGUUAGCCAUUCCACACUGUCUACCCAGGGCCGUGGCGGGCAGAGAAGUCGUAGUAAAGACACGAAGUGCUAAUGGGAAAUGGGUGGAACUACCUACGAAAGACGCCGUUUUUGAGGACAUGAAGGAGAUGCGCUUUGGAGAAGCUCAGACUCGAAGAUUUGGUGUCUUUGCGGUGGUCCUUAGACUAAAGAAGGAUACACUCACAUUUGUCCGUAAAGGAAACAAAGUACACACGGCUGUCGAUGCGCGAGUUUCUUUUACGAGCCCCCCUGGCAUGUUCAAGACCAACACUAAUUUUACUGUGGAGGUUCAACAAAUUGACCAGACGGCGAUUGCAUCCCUUAAGCACAAACACCCAGUGGAAUGUGGCAACCUCAUGGCGUGUAGUCCUAUUAUGAAGUUCAGCAUCCAAAACAGGAAAUUCAACAAGACCCUCACCAUGACACUACCCAUACCUCAAAACCCUACCCGACCCAAGAGGCCUAGUACAGCAGUUGCGUCCGCGCCGAAGGAGGACAAAUCUGAACAACGCCCUGUAACGGCCCGACCACUUGUCUCAUUCAAUGCAAAUAAGGAAGAGGAGAUAGAAGAAGAAUUGCACCUGUUGGUUUGCGAGGAAGGUUGCCUGUGGACCAAACUAGCUGAUGUCAGUAUUGUACAAGCCAAGAAUAAAGACAUCGUGACCGUGGAGGUCAAGGAACCUCAUGACCGCUUCCUAGUGAUACGUACGGGUCUAGGAGUUGGUCCCGCAAAGCUGGAGACGGCAGCAACGUUGCUGGAUAGAUCUGUUACUCAAAGAUCUAUCAAUGUUUUCCUGCGACAGCUGAACACCAACCUUAACCAGGUCGCCGUAGGAUCCAGUAAGAUUAGCAAAACAGAAAAGGAACUGAAAAAGCUGGCUGCAGAAGGUUAUGAUGACGGUCCGGCACCGAGUCGUGAAAUCGUUGUGAAAGAAGGACAGAUGAUCAGACUUGCAUUUAGAGGAAAUGUACACUGUACAACAGAGAAUGCAGUGCUUCAGUUUAUUUACAACACGCACAUCAAAUCCAAAGUACGCUUCUCAAUCCUUGAGACGGAUCGUUUCGCACAGAAGGGAUUUAACUGUUACCGGGGUUUCUCUCAGAUAUAUACCAACGUGCUAGUGCCAAAGCCGGUCCCGCCCACCGACAAACCAAAGCAGAAACAGACAGUCGCGGAAAUGAUAGAGGAGGAGAAAUUAGUGGCCGAACUACUUAUGAGCAUCCCAAAGCCGGAACCUGAGCCUCCCAAACCGCUCUGCACCGCUCCCAUAAAGAUCAACGCAGAAGGUCCUGAUACACAAGACGUGCUCAUGUACCUGGCCGGGGAACUUGGCGAGGAGUGGAAGAAGCUGGCUCAGUACCUUAACCUCAAGAGCGUGCGGAUACAGGCUAUCCUCAGGCAGAACAACAUGAACCCUGACCCAAAGAAGAUCCGGUAUGACAUGUUGGUUACCUGGGCUAAGCGGAUACCGCGGAGUGCCAACAAGAUGGACAUAUUAGCUCAUGCACUGUUGGCCAGUGGACGAGGAGACCUUGCAGAGGAACUCCGAGAACGUGACGCAGAAUUCCGCCGCACGCGAAGUGUCGCUCUGCGAGAUACUUACCUGAACCGAGCCUUUGUGAAGGUAGCACAGAAUCCGACCGCCGUCAAGGAAUGGAAGAUGAUCGCCAAGCGACUUGGUGUCUCUGACAUGGACGUGACAGAAAUUGAGCGGACCAAACCCUCCAUCCAGGAGAAGUGUUACCACAGUCUUCGCAAAUGGCAGACGACGGUUGGCGAACAGGCGUCACUUCCGGUGCUUGGUGCUAAACUACGUUUGUGUAACUACAGGGGACUCGCAAGGGACAUCGAAACGAUAGGAUGAGGCGGAUCGGCUGUUGGAAUUAGAGGGUAGAGUCAUCGCCCUUUAUUCGAAACAGAAAGGAAAAUAUCUCUACCGCCAUAGCUUCAGCUUUUUCAGUACAGUGAAUAUUGCCUCAAUACAAUAUCACCCGGAAUCUUCUGCAGAGAAUGCAUGUAGUUAUCUAAAUAUACACAGUGGGAACUCGUUCCUGAUCAUACAAGGUGAACAGGGGGAAAUAGUUCCUGAUCAUACAAGGUGAACAGGGGGAAAUAGUUCCUCGUUGUGCGAUGUAAACAGUGGUAAAUAGAUUAUAAUGAUACAAUUUAGCUAGUGGGAAAUAAUUCCUACUUCUACAUUAUGUACAGUAUGAAAUAGUUCCUGAUUAUACAAUGCAUGGUUCAAAAAAGCAACACUUGCAAGUUGGUCCGUGUUAUUGUUCCCUCCACAUUGCUGGAAAAGCAUACUAUCCGUAAUUAUUCAACACAAUUUUACAGCCUACAUAUUUUACAGCCUACAUGUUAUGUUAGUACUCUCGCCAAGUCAUUCCGGUUGUUUGUUUUACACCGACUUGAUAAGCUUUGUAAUGUGAUGUAUGGUUGUGUAACAGUCAACACGUUAUUCUAUAGCUGUACGAUAAUGAAAGAGACUAUAUAUUCUUAUACAUGUAUAUAUAUAUAUCCAAAUUAUUCGUUAUUUUAAACGUUUUGAUAACAAACGUUUCCUGAUUGAACAAGUACGUUGUUUAUGGAUUGCUUCUACAUGCAUUCGUUCUGAGUUUACCUGUCAAUGUUUCCGUUUCUCUUGACUCGAACGAAUUAAUUCUGUGAUAGUUUUCGUUGUAAUGUUAUAUUAACAUGUCUACAAAUCUAAUGUAGUUUUCCAUCUAUACUUCAUUUUGUUAUUACUCUUUGGUUCUACACACACAUAUAUAUAUAUAUAUCUUAUGAAAUGGAAAUGUAUACCAAAACCCGUCCAGAUAGUUAUUUUCAUGUAAAGCCACGUCAGAAGAUGAUGCCAUUUACAUAAUGUCACGCGAAGAUGUCCCCCUAAAUUAAUAAGUUAUUUUUAUUUUGAUGUGUUUAUAUUUGUCUAUUUGUUUCAUUUUAGUAAUGUUAUCAUACAUGCAGAACACAUAUACAUUACCGUCUGUCUACAUUAAGUUGUGCACCUAUAUAAAAUAUAUAAGCAAUACCCGUGUAAUCCUGUUUAAAAUUAUUUACUUUAGGAAUAGCUGAAAUAAAUAUAUUUUACAUGUAUAUCAGUCGUCCUCAUUGAUGUUUAAAAUUAAUUUCUUCUGGUUCAGAAAUUAUACACGUAGAAAUAUCCAAAUUAAUUUCUUCUGGUGUUUUGAGGAAUAUUGAUUUGACAAGAAUAUGUUUGAAGGUUAUAUGUAUUCGUUGACGAUGAAACAUUCGACAUCAAACAGCAGAUCUGCAAUAACUUCUAAGAGAUGGGAGGUAACUCUUGUGAUUUUUCAACCCCUGCUGGUAACGUUAUACAGACAAGUCGCCUUCCAAUAUUUGAUCAAGAUUAUUAAUUAUUUUCAGGAAAAAAAUAAGACUCUUCAGAGUGUUUCACGAUUCUAUUAUUUAGGAUAAAUACUAAGCUUAAAACUUCUUUUAUUACACAUGUAAUGUACAUAUCAUCUUGAUUAUAAGUAUGCCGUGUAAAGGUGUAUAAUAGAUUUUUCCUACCUAAAGCUUCCUGUGUUAUUAUUGUUACCAAAGUAUCUGUGAUACGAAUGUAAACUACAAAUCAUUGCCUUUAGAAUUAAAAAAUAUUUCAUAUGAAUAAUGUUUUCCAUGUGUUUUUAUAUAGGCUAUAUAACUGUAAAUCGCAGAUAUUUUGUGAAUCACGUAUUUUCCUGAUUUUGAUUCCAAUGGCUUAUUCGCGCCGGUUUGAAAUUGCGAAAUGAAAAAUAAGAGGUAUGUAUAUCUUGUCAAAAUGUGUUUGAAUAAACAUAUGUGUGAAUAAAAAUU